AUGCCGCUCUCAGGAAGUCGGGGAGGUGCUUCUCCAAAGGCCCAGGACGUUCUAGGUCCUAGGAGAUUAGUGACCAACGAAGCCACCACGUGCGGAAUGCCUGAAACAUGUGACUUCAAAGAUUCCAUUUCCCCUUUUGUCGCUAACCAUAAAAACAGUCCCCUGGGCCCGGCACGCCGGAGAGCAGGCUGCCCGGAUACUGCGGCGACGGGGGCCACGGGCCACGAGGAGCAUGGCGGGGCCAGUGUAGCUGACACAGGAGGCUGGGCAGGACCUGAAUGCAAAGGGAGCUUAAAGCUGGCUGUGCCAUGUCCUUCCGUCCUGCGCUCAGCAUAGGGAAGGCCUGGCUGAGAACUGAGGCCCAGCAGAGUCCACCGUCGGGGAAUGUGCGGCAGAAUUCUCCUCUGGGUGCAGAUUUGGUUCCCAGGAUCUCCCCGUUGGUGUGUGACUGCUACUCGAUGAAAACCUGCCCUGUGUGACCUGGCAGAGAUGCUAGAGUAUGUUAACUCUGAACCCUACUGAUGACACACGUGCACAUUUACUUUAUGUCCUAAGGUGCAUCACCAAGUCUUUGAGGAGAGAGAAGUAAGGAGCUCUACCACAUUUGGGGAUCAAAGGGUGCCAUGAGGGCGGGCUCUGAACUGUUGAUUGCUUUAGCAGAAGGAGCCAGCUAGUGUCUUCUCCCACAAUCUCCUGAUGCCUUCAUAGGUGCCAGCCCCCUGCUGUCCCUCCCCAGCUGCCAUGCGCUGCAGGCUCUCCCUGGCAGUUCCCAUGGUGCAAUCACGCAGCGUCCAGCAGCUUACGGCAAACGUGGAAAGAGCGCCUGGCAAACGGAGCUGGCUAUCCUGCUGCGCAGAGGGCUAGGGGACUCCUUCCAUCGUCAUUAAGGCACAGAAUUUCCCAUCUGCUGCACCAGAGGCUGCUGAGUUCAGCGGGGGGCCUGGCCACCGAGUCCAGUGGACCUGGCAUGGAAACCGGUGGGCCACAAAAUCCAGGGGGGGCGGGUCACUAGAUCCAGGGGUCCAGCUGCAGAACCAACAGAGUUCUGGGAGAGGAAGGUGACUCUGCUGUUUGUACAGUCAUGCCCCCCGGGUGCCUGCCUGGGCUUUGGGCCCCCAAUCCCACCUCUGCUCGGUAUAUUUGGGGAGAGCCCGCUCCUUCUUCUGCAGGGAUCUGGAGCCAUCUGGCUCCUGCGUGGUUUGGAUCAGAUCUUCCCAGGGACUCCUGCAUUCAGCAGUGGGCCGGCAUCCCCAGCACCUCGGCGUGUGCACUCUGCCAUCGGGGCGGCGUGCUGAACGGGUGCCGUAGAGGGGGCGUCCCAGAGGCCGAUCCCAGUGCUGGCUGUGAAUGGAUCUCCAACACCGCUGGAAGUCUCUACUGGUCCUGUGGUGCGUGAGCCGGUGCUGGCUGCCUUGGGCAGCAUCUCUGCUUUCCCAGGCAGGAUGGGGUUACAGUGAACAGCGCUGCCCUCUCUGAUCCACUCUUCUCUGGAAAUGGGAAGGGGAGGCUGGCCUUGGUUUCCUCCGCAGAGCUAGACGAUUCCUCCAGCUGUCAGGCUUCCACUCUGACAGCUGUAGGGGAGAGGGGAAGGCGCCUGCUGCUGCUGCUGCUGCCGCGCUCCGGGACUGGAUCAACCCCCCACACCCUGCAGAUUGGAGACCCGGCGGGCGACCAGGCGCAGCAAAGGGAACUGCGUUGCCGAAGCCCCCUCUGCAUGGGGGGAGCUGGAGACCCUGGUGGGGGCAGCAGGGCGAUAGUGAGGAAUCUCUGAGCUCUCGGGCGCCGUUUGCUGGCUGCAGCGAUCACUGGGCGUAUUGGACCGGUCCGUUCAGCCCAGCCUGGACCCCCCAGUUUUGGAUGUGUGUGGGGGGGCAACCUCUCCAGGGCGUCGUGGGGGCCUGCUGGCUCCCAGCCCUUGGCCUGCUGCCUCUGACUUCAAAGCUGACGCAGCCACAACCUUCUGGUCUGAAUUAAGCCCAGCUGUGCGGAGCUGCAUUCUUUGGGGCUGGCUCCGGCUCCCCCCUCCGCCCCCCGUCAGCAGCGCAUUCCACCGCCCGCUCCGGAAGCCCCGGAGCUGCCCUGUCCUGACAGCUGCGCCGCAUCUGCCUGCUGCGGAGCCCGGUGACCCCGAAGGAAGCGAGAGCGACAAACAGCCCCCCACCGGGUCCUGUCCCCACACGGCCAGCCAGCCAGGUGAGGCCAGGGUCUGUGCCCGCCGGGGCAGUGGGUCUCUAACUCUGCCCUAGCCCCCCCGGGGUGCGCGAGGCUUCCAUGGGGCUUGCCGGAGCCUGUCGCCUGCUGCCGCUCUGCCUGCUGGUGGGGCUGCUGACCCCCAGCCCGGGGCAGCCCCCGCCGGAGCUGACGGACGAUGAGAUCGAGGAGUUCCUGCAGGGCUUCCUGCGGGAGGUCAGCCCCGAGGGCGAGGAGGAAGCCGGGGGGCAGGGGCUGGAGGAGCCCCCCGAGCCGCAAGGGAGGCUGAAGCCAGCAGGGAAGGACAAGGCGGCCAAGGCCCCCACAGAGGUGGAAGAAGGGACAACUGUGAAGGUUAAAGAGAAACCUAAGAAAGGAAAAAAGGAGAGGCCUCCCAAGCCCACCAAGAAGCCCAAGGAGAAGCAGCCAAAGGCCACCAAGAAGCCCAAGGAGAAGCAGCCAAAGGCCACCAAGAAGCCCAAAGAGAAGCACCCAAAGGCCACCAAGAAGCCCAAGGAGAAGCAGCCAAAGGCCACCAAGAAGCCCAGGGAGAAGCCUCCCAAAGCCACCAAGAAGCCAUCUGGCGGGAAGAGGCCCAAGAUACCACCCCCCACCCAGCCCUACGAGGAAGAGGAGAGGUACCGGCAACCCGAGAGACCUCUGAUCCCCCCACCAGCCAAAAAGGAUUACGACCUGCCCGAGACUUCCAGAAUCGCCUCACCCUAUGACGAGGAAGAGGAGAGGUCCCGGACAUAUGGGGAACGGGAUAAAGCUGGAUUUCCCGAGGAGCCGGACGAACCGCGCUGGGCUGAAGAACAGGAGCCGGGGAGCCGCCGGAAUGAGUUCCAUGAGCCCCCGACGGAGCCGUGGGAGCCCGGCAGGGAGGACCAGAGACCAGCGCCCGACCCCGUGCUGACGGAAAAGCCCGAGCCACCCACGCUGGACUACAAUGAGCAGAUUGAGCGGGAGGACUACGAGGACUUCGAAUAUGUCCGGCAGCAGCAGAAACCCAAGAAACCUCCGAGCAGGAAGAAACCUGAGAGGCCGCCAUUGGAGGUGGAGGAGAAGCCAAAGCCGCCCGUGGAGCUACCCCCUCCGCCCCCCGAGAGGGACUACGAUGAGGAGCUGCCACUGCCACCACUGCCGGACUAUGACGACAUGGAAUACGGCCUGCCCCAACCCAAGAAGUUCCCCAGCAAGAAAGAGGGUGAAGGCGAGAUGGAAACGGAUGAGGAGCAACUCAAGCCACGAAAGCCCAAGAAAGGCGGCAGCAGCAAGGAGGAGGAGGAGGUGGACACGGAUGAUGACAAGUGGGCGGAGGAGAAGACCAAGGAGCGGAAAGGGAAGCCGAAGAAGCCGGGCGGGAAGAAGUGGGAGACAGAUGAGGACGAAUGGACGCCCCCGGAGGAGAAAACGAAGUGCCCCCCCAUCGGGAUGGAGUCCCACCGCAUCGAGGACGACCAGAUCCUGGCCUCGUCCAUGCUGCGGCACGGCCUGGGAGCUCAGCGCGGUCGGCUCAACAUGCAGGCCGGCUCCAAUGAGGACGAUUUCUUCGACGGCGCCUGGUGCGCGGAGGACGACACCCGGGCUCACUGGAUUGAGGUGGACACCAGGAGAACCACGAAAUUCACCGGGGUCAUCACACAGGGCCGGGACUCCCAGAUCCAUGACGAUUUUGUCACCGCUUUCUACGUGGGCUUCAGCAACGACAGCCAGAACUGGGUGAUGUACUCCAACGGCUAUGAGGAGAUGCUCUUCCACGGCAACGUGGACAAGGACACGCCGGUGCUGACCGAGUUCCCGGAGCCCGUGGUCGCACGCUUCAUCCGGAUGUACCCGCAGAUCUGGAACGGGAGCCUGUGCAUGCGGCUGGAGGUGCUGGGCUGCCCCCUCUCCACCGUCAGCAGCUAUUACAGCCAGCAGAACGAGGUGACGUCCACCGACAACCUGGACUUCCGCCACCACAGCUACAAGGACAUGAGGCAGCUCAUGAAGGUGGUGAACGAAGAGUGCCCCAGCAUCACGCGCAUCUACAACAUUGGCAAGAGCUCCCGUGGCCUGAAGAUCUAUGCCAUGGAGAUCUCGGACAAGCCGGGGGAGCAUGAGCUGGGGGAGCCUGAGUUCCGCUACACGGCCGGGCUGCACGGGAAUGAGGUGCUAGGCCGCGAGCUGCUGCUGUUGCUGAUGCAGUUCCUGUGCAAGGAGUACCAGGAUGGGAACCCGCGUGUGCGCAGCCUGGUGACUGAGACCCGCAUCCACCUCGUGCCCUCCCUCAACCCCGACGGCUACGAGAUCGCCAGCCAGGGGGGCUCGGAGCUGGGCAACUGGGCACUGGGCCACUGGAACGAGGAAGGCUACGACAUCUUUGAGAACUUCCCGGACCUGGCCAGCGUGCUGUGGGCAGCCGAGGAGCGGAAGUGGGUCCCACACCGGGUCCCCAACCACCACAUCCCCAUCCCCGAGCACUACCUGGCCGAGGAUGCCCACGUGGCUGUGGAGGUGCGCGCCAUCCUCGCCUGGAUGGAGAAGACCCCCUUCGUGCUGGGAGCCAACUUCCACGGCGGGGAGAAGCUGGUGUCGUACCCCUACGACAUGGCGCGGCCGCCCCGCGAGGGGGAGGGGGAGGCGGCGGCGGCGGGACGCUCGCUGGACGACUACGAGGACGAGAACCUGGAGGCGCAGGAGACCCCCGACCAUGCCAUCUUCCGCUGGCUGGCCAUCUCCUACGCCUCGGCUCACCUCACCAUGACGGAGACCUUCCGCGGGGGCUGCCACACCCAGGACAUGACCAAUGGCAUGGGCAUCGUCAGCGGCGCCAAGUGGCACCCCCGCGUGGGGAGCCUGAACGACUUCAGCUACCUGCACACCAACUGCCUGGAGCUCUCCGUCUACCUGGGCUGUGACAAGUUCCCCCAUGCCAGCGAGCUGCAGCAGGAGUGGGAGAACAACAAGGAGUCGCUGCUCACCUUCAUGGAGCAGGUGCAUCGGGGCAUUAAGGGAGUGGUGACGGACCAGCAGGGGGACCCCAUUGCCAACGCCACCAUCAUCGUGGGAGGAAUCAACCACAACAUGAAAACAGGUACGGCCAUGUCCCUGGGCGCCCCCCCCCAGCGAUCCCCCGGGCGCCCUGGCCUCACCAUGGAGGGUCCCCAGGCACCCAGCCGCCCCAGUCUGCAAUGGGUGCUGUUCUUCCCCUCCACUAAAGGGCACCCAGCCUGGGCCCACCCCUGUGCCCGGUGCUGUCCCCUCUCCCUCAGGGAUUCAGCCUGUGCCCACCCAGUGACAGGCGCUGCCCCCACCUCUCCCUGGCCUUACACCAGAGCACAGACCCGGCAGCCGUAAGUGUCCCCGAGCUGG